AAAAAAAAAAAAAGAAAAGUUUGACAGUGGAUUGGAAAAAGGCAACAGUGUUAUAUGUAAAAAAAUUCUAUAAAAUCUUAGCGGCCUCAAUUCCAGUCACCUUUGGACCAAGCAAUUCAUUUUUCUUCCUUCAUUCAUCUUUGCUCUCACUGUUCUGUUCUCUAUCUUUCUCUUUGUUGUCAAUUUCAGAGUUUCCAGUCAAUUGUUCUCUUCCUUCAGAUCCAUACCCACCCCAUCUAAUUGUUAUUAUUAUUAUUAUUAUUAUUUUCUGAUAUUGAUUAUAUAUUAUAAAAAAAUUAAAAAAAAAGAAGAAAAAAGGGGAAAAAAAAAGUGUGCAAUUGUGGAUAAUUCAUUGGCAGAGAGAGAAGGACAACAGUAUGCUUUGGUUGAGUUUAUCAGUUGAUGUGUUUCGCGCAGUCAUGCGCUUGAACCUGUAUUGCAGGGUUAUUCUGUAAUUAAUUACUCAACCGAGCGAAGUUAAUUUUUCUAUCAUCUAGUUUGUUCUCGAUUGAACCUUCCAUGGGACUAAAACACUUCUUUGUAAUUUCUCCUGAUAUUUACAGGAUUAGCUGAAAGAUAGAUAGCUAAGCCUUGUAACAUUUAACACCUUUUAUUAGUUUCUGUUCUUGUUGAUUUCAUUUCAAUCCACCCGAAACCCUGAUACUUUGUUGAUCGUAGUUUCUAGCUUGGCCGUCUUUUCUUUUUGCACCUGUAGGUAGUGUUGGUGUCUGUACCUGUUCCCAAAUCCAUUGCUAAUUUUCAGAUAUAGUUUCAUCCUCUCCACGGUCUGUAUUUUGGGUAUUUAAGUUGGAUAGACUGAGUGAUUUUCUUAAGGACCAAAAGUAGUUAUGGUGUGCCAAGCAGCAAGCCAAACAAGAUUUCGGGCAUUAAAGCAUGAGAAUGGGAUUGCAGGAAAACCAACAAUUAUAGUCAGAGUCAUUGCAUGUUUUCAACCUUUACAGGAUUGCCAGGCCGAGUACUUCCGUCAUUUGCUUAAACCUGUUACGUAGAUCGGUUCCAUAUUUCAGUGAUUAUCCCAAGCUGGAAGUUGUAGAUUUUCUUUUUGUAUACUUUCUUUCUGAAAGAAGCAGCAAAAAUUGAACAUUGCAUAUCAAGGGACCUUGUAAUUUUUUUGGUUGGAUGGUUAAGGCCAACGAAUCUUGGCUUCAUCUGCAGCAUUCUUCUUGGCAACUGCCUCAAUUGAAUUGUAUGAGCACAUUGCUUGAACAGAGGCAACAGCAAUGUUUGCCAUCACAUACAGACCAUGGCACUUGCACGUUUCCUGCACAUGUAGAAUUGCCAGAGUCUACAGAUCCUGGUCUACAGAGGUUUAACAAUGAACAGAAAAAUGAAGCUCAUGAUUUGCUUCGAUAUUUGCCUCCUCACUUGCGGACAUCACUUUCCACUCCAAACCCUGAUUUUAAUGGAAAGCAAUCUGCAUUUUCUUGUGGGCUUGAAAAAUCUGCUGUGCCGAAUACAAAUUCAGUGUCAUGUCAGAGGGGACUCCUUAUUUUUGAUCAGUCUGAGAAUCAUACGAGGCUAAUCUAUAAUUCUGUUUUCCCUCCAAUCCAGAAUCCUUGUUUUGCCAGUGCAAAACUCAAUCACAAUUAUGAUGAUUUGUACAAGGUGGGGCAUGCAGUCAGAGUCGAUCAAAAUGGUCCAACAAAGUAUGUUUCACAUGAAGAAUUUGGUAAGAAUCACAUGGCUGAUGAAGAGAGUGAGAUGCAUGAAGACACUGAAGAAAUCAAUGCCUUACUCUACUCCGAUGAUGAUGGCGACGGUGAUGAUGAUUAUAGCGAGGAUGACGACGAAGUAAGAAGCACCGGUAAUUCUCCAUUGGAAAUUAAAGAGGUUAAUGGAUAUCAAGAAGAGGUUGAGGUAUUAACAAAAGAAGUUACAAGUUAUGAUGGUCCAAACAAAAGGCAGAAAUUGCUUAAUGGUGGGUACAACAAAUCAUCUCCAACUGACACUGAUAGGUCAGUAAAAUUGGAUAGAUGUAAUGAGUAUGACAAUGAUGUAGAAUCCGGUCGUGCUGAUAGCCAUAACCCAGGAGAUGGAACCGGUUUUAUUUUAGGCAAGAUGCAGUCCAAAAAGGAGAAGAUUCGUGAGAUAUUGAAAGUUCUGGAGAGCAUAAUUCCUGGUGCAAAGGGCAAAGACGCAUUGAUAGUCAUCGAUGAAGCGAUAGAUUAUUUGAAGUCUAUGAAGCUAAAAGCCGAAAACUUGGGAAUGAGUUUCCAUUAAGUUGCAGUUCCUCCUUUCAUUCUGUAGUUUGUUUGAUAAAAGGGUAGAAAGAAGGAGGUGAAAAGGCAAUAACCCAAGAAAAAUACUUGGCUUUGAAUGAUUGAUGAAUUUGAAAUGACUUGGUGGUGGCUUUGGUAUUUUUUGUGUGGGGUCCUUCAUCUGUUGCUUUCUCUCUUUUCUGUCUAAAGAAGUUGUAUAUAAUGGACCAAUAAAGGAACAAACUAUUGGAGAUGUUAUUGCACGCUAGGAAGAGGAUUGAUAUAUGGAGGUUUUUUGUUUGUUGACCAGAAAUGAUUACCUUUAAGCCUUUAGAGAGAUUAAAGCUUAAUAAAAAGUCACAAAAAUUUUCAAACGCAUGGGAAGGCUAGUGGUGGGCUGUGCUGUAAAAUGAAGACCUUCUUUUUCGGAAGUGUGGAGAGCCCCCUAUGGAUUUAGUGCAUGCGCGUUUAAAUGGGUCCCACUUUCACCUUCUUUUCCCUCUUUGAUUCUAUGCUUGUCCUCCCUCUUUUACCUUCUCACGCCUAUCAUGUUGGUAUAAAUCCAUAAAAGCGUUAUGCAGAAAGAUUGCUGGUGUGGGGGAGUGAAGUGGGCUUGGACGGUGGGCUAAUGUUUAAUGAUGAAAUUUAGUGGGGUCCCUUUUUUACCUUGAGGGAUCAAAUCACAUAGUAAAGGUUGUACCUUGUUUUAGUGUGGUGAUGGAAAAGUCACUGAAGCUGAACAGUGAAUUGGUGUUUUUCUGCUGUCUUUUUCUAAGGACAUAUGGAGAGCUCCAUGAGGGCCUCAAUGAGUGAAAUUGGAUUUGGUGUUUGAUGCUCUACUUUUAUAUAUAUAUACAUAUGGCUUUGUCAGUUCUGUCUCUGGUUGUGUGUGUUAUCAAUAAUUGGGUGUGAAAUGGUGGUGGUGGUGUUGGCAAUGGUGGUUCUUGGGACAAUGGAUUUAUGGUAUGUAUUUCACACCUUUUGGCUUUCCUUUUGUAUUUUUCCGUGUUUGUAUUUUGUAUUUGUAUUUGGUUUUUAGCAGAAAAACCAUGUACUUUUGAAUUCUGUUGUUUUCUAGUGGAUGACUAAUGACUUGUACC